CAGCCAUGGCCGAUUCUGCUGGGAUCAAGUCAGAAUUUGGAGCACACGGGCUGAGGGAAGAGCGAGGUAACUACUAUCCUCUUCCAAAAAACUGCAGCACGUCACAACCAGCUCAUGGUGCAUUUGCCUUCGCACCAUGCUCUUUUCAGCUAGCUAGCUUCUUUUCCUUCCCGUCGCUCAACAAGAACGAGAGACCUGUGCCUACUGACAGACGAUUCUAGCCAUCAUACUUAUCCCAUUCGUUGUUCUCUCUUUGCAGACCGUUCCCACCGCGACGAACACGAGCGUCAUCGCUCCUCGCGUCAUGACGAUCGAGACCGUGAGUAUAGACACAGAGAAGGCGAUAGGGAGCGAUACAGCAGACGCGAGCGCGAGCGGGAAAGAGGCGAAAGAGG